AUUUCAGAUGUUUCCUCUCUUACCGUUUUACCUCGUUACGGUAACAAUAGGAAUAGCAGUGGCAUGUAUGCUAACCUUAUUCUUCCCAUCAUGUCCAUCCAUAAUCCCAGCUCUUACCACGUACGGAGUCUCCGCACUAUACUUGAGGGAUAAGAUACAGAUCGUCCGCAGUAUUUCUGUUCCGAAAAGGUGGUUCUGGCAUUUUUAUCUACUCGGCUGUCUAUGCACGAUUUCUUGGCUGCUGUACGCUGAGACGAUAUCUCAUCGAAUGACGGCACCCACAAAAGCGCUUCAAGCAGGGCUAGCUACUCUCACUCGCGUGAAACCACAGUUCAACUGGUCCACAACGGUGGUCGCUUUGAGCUUGAUAUUGUUUCAUGUUACGCGAAGGCUUUGGGAAUCAUUGUGCAUCUCUGUGUAUUCGGACACUACUAUGAAUGUGUUCCACUAUAUUGUUGGACUUAUUCACUAUGCGAUUCUACCCCUGGCAAUCGUUUGUGAGUCGAAAGGGAUUGCAGACGACAGAUAUGGACUAGUUGUUGCACCCUCGGUGUUAUCAACCGUGCAAUGGAUUGGAGUGGCUCUUUUCUUCGUUUGCAAUCAGCAGCAGCAUCAUAUUGCAAAAGACUUUGCCGCCUUGAGAAGAGCACCCGACGGGCUCAUCUCUAAUUAUGCUCAUGGAAUUUGCUAUGGAGGCUGGUUCGACUACGUGUCAUGUCCGCACUUUCUUUUUGAGAUAGGCAUCUACGCAUCGCUUUGGCUAAUUUUACCACAUGCUUACUCAUUCCAGUUUUUGCUCAUAUUUGUCGUGGUGAAUCAGAUGUUUGCCGCGCAAAUAACGCACCGAUGGUACCGAAGAACUUUCAAGAAUUAUCCGCAGGAUCGGAAAGCUAUCAUACCCUUUUUACUAUGAGUUUCGCCGGAAUUCCUCCGCAUGUUGAUAUAUUGUUGCAUCAGCUGUUGUUUGAGAACAGCUGUUAACACCUUGGUAGUAACGCUUUAAUAAUCGUGUGAUUCUUAGAAAGUCUUCUUACGCCUAUAGAGUUUUGAAAAUUAUAAUGUUUGAUGUCUAGUCUCACCCUUAUGAAAUUUCCAGUAUCUAACAGUGAAUGAUUUGAGUUUUUACAUUGUAUUAUCAGCUUUUGAAAAGCGGACUUUGUUAA